UCUUUGACUCUGUGUAUGUGUGUCUGUCCAUGCUGCCAUUAUGUUCCUCAGUACUUGGGAGUGGGAGCAACUCAGUGCUGUGGUGUACAUUACCAUCUGUUGUCAAACUCUGACCCAAGCUCACAAUUAUCCCCAUGAAUAUUUCAUAGACGCCCGAUGACAAGAGUGCACGUAUCCGUUACUGACCUGACUGCUACAGCCUCCCCUGUUCUGCUCAGAGAAGAAAGAUUAACUUGGAGAGGGAAGAAGAGUAGACUGGAAGGAGAAGGAGGAAGGUGAUGAAGGGGGUGACACCAUGAAAGGAUUAUGUGGUAACUGAAGAGAGCAGGACAAGAGAAGAGGUGACAAACUGCAGAAACCUGUACAAGCUGAAGAUGAUGGAGUCAGUAACGGAGCAGAUAUCUUUGGAUUAAAGAUGCCCCAGAGCAAGUGGGCGUCUUCAGUGUCUUGUCACUGCAGCAGUGAUGCAUUUCUUUUCCCCACUGUGGUAAAAGCUGGUUUAAUAAGUGUAGGAGCCACACUCGGACUGAUAAUCCCACGCAUACAAAUGAAGCUGACACAUGCAAAUCUAUACGGCUGACAUUCAGGUGAGAGCACUUGAGAAAAUAUUUAGAGUUGGGAAAAGCACACUGAUGUGAUGAGAUGUGAAGAUAUGAGCCAGUUAUGGAGGGUGUAGUAUAUUGAACAAACACGUUGUUCAAUCACAGAUGUCCUUUCUUGAUAAGUUAAAACAACUUUAGUAAUAUAACUCAUAAUUCUUACAAGAGUACUAUUUGCGGCCUUAUUUUGCAUUUUCUCAAUCUUUUUUUUUUUUUUUUUUGAUUUAUAAGCUUGUAUUUGGAUGUUAUACUAACUUUAAACAUACUCUGCAUUUCAUGACAGCUACCAGCAACUUUACAAGUAUGGAUUUGGAGGUCCAAACAGACAGCACCAGCACUUCUGAUGCACAGCAGCCAGUUGUUCCGUCAAUCUGUCCAUCCCUUAAACACAGGUCAUCAACAUCUUUUCAAAGUCCAACCAGUCAUGAAGUAUUGAGCAUAUCGUCUCUGGUCCCUUCUACAGUUCUCAGACUCAUACCUCACUAUAAAUCUGCAGCCAACGGAAACUUAUACCCAGUGCUUCCAUCUUUUUUUGAAGUAACAUCAGAACCUCAACUUCCAGGAACUUCUCCAUCUGGGUCCUCAGAGGCCCAAGAUAAAAAAACCCUGUCUUCACCACUACCUUGUAGUGAUAAUCUCCAGGAAAUUCAGCAGAGGAAACCAUCAGAUGGAGGCCCACUGGAGGAGGGAUCAGUAGGUCUCAUGAUACCCAGAGAUCUCCCUGAUGAAGAGCAAGGUUCAGACCCUCAAGCCUAUACAUCUCGUAAGCUGUUACUGAUUGUGAGCUUCCUUAUCAUCAUCAAACUGAUCAUCACCCCUGUUCUCUUAGUCAAGUUCCUGGUAUUCCCCUCUGGUGAAUCACCUCCUCUCUGUGGUGUGAAGGGGAACUGCAGUGUCCCAACUCAGCUGCCUUUUCUGUCUACGAGUCCAGUGAACCAGACAGGGAACAUCACUGCAGACUGCACAGUUCUGGUCAGUGAUGGCCGGCGUAUUGUUGGGGGUACGUUGGCGGCCAAUGACAAGUGGGGCUGGCAGGUCAGCAUGCACUGGAGAGGGAAACACGUAUGUGGAGGUGCCAUCAUCUCCCCUCGCUGGGUCAUCACUGCAGCUCACUGCUUUAUUGAGAAUAAGAUGCUUGAAGUGGCUGACUGGCUGGUUGUGGUGGACACAGUCAGCAUCGCAGAUAACUCUCUGGGGAAACGUUACAGAGCACUGCAGGUCCUCUACCACCCUCGCUUCAACACAUACAACAAUGACUAUGAUGUGGGCCUGCUGCGCACCAUCACUGACAUGGACAUGAACGGUGGGGUCCGACCGGUCUGUUUACCCAGUCCGAGUGUGUCCUUUCCUCCUGGAACGGCCUGCUGGAUCACAGGCUGGGGAUAUAUUCAAGAAGGAGGCUUUGUGUCAAAUGAGCUAAGGCAGGCUCAGGUGAAGGUAAUAGCUCAAUCCGUCUGCUCCCACCCGAGCGUCUAUGGCGUGUACCUAACUCCUCGAAUGAUUUGUGCUGGCUCCAUGGAUGGAGGAGUGGACUCCUGCCAGGGAGACAGUGGUGGACCCCUGGUGUGUGAGACAGCCAGUGGGGACUGGAGGCUGGCAGGGGUGGUGAGCUGGGGAGAGGGCUGUGGACGGAGCAAUAAACCAGGCGUCUACAGCAGAGUAACCCAACUGAUCCACUGGGUUGAAAGAUAUGUAGAGGACAAACCAGAGGAACUGGAGGAGACCACAGCCAUGACCGACACCUCACUAAAACCUGACACUUAAUAAACAAUAAAGAUGCAAAUCACCUGUUUCUGCUUGUUUGUGUUGUUUGCCUGAUGUAACUAUGUUAGCGUUACAACAGAGGAGAGUU